CCUCGGCCGCUCCUUUCUUGGGGAAAGCGGCGCCGCGGGCCGGCAGCCAUGGAGGAGUCCUCCGGCGUAUCGAAGCUCUCCCCCACCGCCGCCCACAAGCUAGCAAGGCGGCGAACGAGCGUGUGGGUGAAGGGAAAGAUAAAGCUAUCAAAUGUUGAAGGCUUAACUCCUAUGAAAGAAGAGUGUUUCAGUGUUUCAUCAAAAACUACUGCAAAAAUAAAAUAUCUUAAUACAUACAGACUAGAGCCAUAUAAUAAAUUUCAGGAUCAGUUAGUAAGAGACAAAGCUGAAGCAAUACUAACGAAUAAACUUCAACAAACCAGAUAUGAUGCAGAUUCUAGUCCGUCCUUGUGUGCUUUAAUCUCUGAAGAAAUAUUAACAGCUACAAAGGAGAUGGGCUUUGACCGUUAUAAGUAUGUGGUAACAGUGCUAAUUGUGGAAAAGGCAGGUCAAGCAAUAAAUGUUGCCAGUAGAUGGGUCUGGGAUGUUCAAAGAGACACGUGGAUUUCAGCUAAAUACGAAACCGAAACAUUUAUUGCGCUGGCUUUGAUAAUGGCUUGUUAUUAUGAGUGAUACUCCCAGGAAGAUACACCUGCUUUGGUGCAGCACAGUACUUGGUGUGUUUGAAAAUUUUCAGAACAUCCAUCUACCAACAGCAUCAGUAAAAAAAUCUAGCACUAAAAUAACAAAGCUGACGUGAUAGUUGAGAUAAUUUUGGCCACUGUUCUGUUUUUUUUUUUUUAAAAAAACUUCUGAAAUGUGUAUGGUUGAGUACAUAUGGGCUUCAUCUGUUGUAGCACUCUGCUGUGAAAGUCAAAGCAACUGGUGAAAAGCCAAACUUCAGAAAAUGUUGGAUGUUGCUUGUCUGUUGCGUGCCUUGAGUUGUUACUGAAUGUUUACAAUAAAUUGUAGGUAGCAGUUUU